AUGGCGGAAUCCCCAUCGGACCAACCCUCCACCCAAACCCCAGCAUCACCAGAGUCCGACCGGGAUAUUUUACAAUACUGGUGCUACCACUGUGACAAGCGGGUGUCGAUCGAAACCAUAGCUGAUCUUCCUGAUGUUAUAUGUUAUGAGUGCAAAAAUGGAUUUGUUGAAUCAAUUUCUGCUACUACAGUUCCGUCUCCUAGUGAUGCGCCAUCACGAGCCAGUUCUGAUCCUAUUGAUGACCCUAGUUUUGGUAAUCAGUUUAUUCAGGUUCUCCGCCUCAUAGCCGAGGCGGCGCGUGAGGUGGAUGCUCCUCCUCCGUCUCCCUCCGAACACACAGAUCCUUCAGAUGAUGAUUAUUUACGGAUCGAGUUAGAUGGAUGGGAUGAUGAUGAUGAAGACGAGCAUUCAGUGGAAGUCCGUGAGGAUGAGAAUCAUGAGGUGGAGGAUGAUAAUGAGAAUCAGGAUCAAUCUGAUGGUGAGAAUGGAGAGGUGCAGGGGGAGAACGAGAAUCGGAGUGAAGAUGAAGAAGAGGAGAUGCGGAGAAGGCGGCGUGAUGUUCUGCGGCUUCGGCUAAGGGACUUUGCUGCUCGAGCUGCGAGCAGGCGUAACAGGAUUCUUGAUUGGGCCGAGAUUUUAAUGGGGCUGGAGGACCACUCAAUCGAGUUGCGAUUACAGGUUCCAGAAUCAGAUACUUUUUUCGGAAACCCGGGUGAUUAUGUAGAUGCUGCAGGAUACGAAUCAUUGCUGCAUAAUUUAGCUGAAAGUGACAGUGGAGGAAGGCCAGGGGCUCCGCCAGCUUCAAAGGCAACAGUUGAAGGAUUAGAAAACAUGUUGAUUGAAAAGAAAGAGGAAGCAUUGGUGUGUGCUAUAUGUAAAGAUUCAGUGAAUGUGGGUGAAAUGGCGAGGAAAUUGCCAUGUGGACAUGGAUAUCACGGCGACUGCAUAGUCCCCUGGUUGGGCUCGCGAAAUACUUGUCCCGUGUGUAGGUUUGAGUUGCCAACUGAUGAUCCCGAUUACGAGGAGGAGAGGAAGAAAAGAGUUGUUGUGGCAGGCCUUAAAGCACCUUCCUCAAGUUCUUCCGGUGAUGCUGGUAGUUAUAAUUCUGGCUUGGAUUGA